AGUUAAUAUAUAUUGAUAUGAACACACAUCUCAUCUAGCAGAGCAAACAUAUCGUGUCAUUCAACUAUUAAAUCGAAAACAUGCAAAUUGCAAACCAUGACAAAGUCCGGCCGUAUUUUAUUAAAUAGGAAAACGACGUGCACAAGCAGAAAAAAUGAAACGUGAAGCUCCGGAGGCACGUGAUAAAUUGCCUAUAGUAUACUCCAAAAAGUAUGCCGUGUGCUUUGCUGGUCUGGAAAAGUUACAUCCUUUUGAUGCAGCCAAGGGAAAGCAUAUACAACAGUUGCUCUGCGGUGAACUGUCGCUGGAAUGCGGCGAUUUCUACAAUCCACUUGAGAUUACCAAAGACGAACUACUGCGAGUGCACACGCCAAAGUAUUUAAAGUCCCUCAAAUGGAGUGCCAAUGUCGCUGCCAUUGCGGAGGUUCCGGUAUUAAUUUUUGCGCCCAAUUUUGCAGUGCAAAGUGGAUAUCUGCGCCCAAUGCGAUACCAAACAGCUGGCUCAAUCCUGGCUGGAAAACUGGCCUUGGAAUAUGGUUGGGCAAUUAACUUAGGCGGCGGUUUCCAUCAUUGCUGCUCGUACAAAGGCGGCGGCUUUUGCCCCUAUGCAGAUAUUACCUUGCUGCUUGUUCGCUUGUUUGAUUUGGAGCCGUCGAGAGUACAAAACGCAAUGAUUAUUGACUUGGAUGCACACCAGGGCAAUGGCCAUGAACGGGACUUUAAGGACACAAAAACUGUAUACAUACUUGAUAUGUACAAUGCCUACAUCUAUCCAAAGGAUAACGAAGCCAAGCUUAGCAUUCGCUGCGCUGUUGAAUUGAAGCAUCUAACAGAAGAUGCCUACUACCUAAGGCAACUAAACCGAUGCCUGAUGCGAGCGCUUGCAGAAUUUAAGCCAGAUAUUGUUGUAUAUAAUGCCGGCACCGAUAUUCUCAAAGGUGAUCCGCUAGGUAAUUUAGCAAUCACUCCAGACGGCGUUAUAGAACGCGAUCGCUUGGUCUUCAGUACAUUUCGAGCAUUGAAUAUACCAAUUGUUAUGUUGCUUAGUGGCGGCUACAUGAAAUCAUCUAAGCACGUUAUAGCAGAUUCAAUAGUCAAUUUGCAACGACAGGGAUGGUUAAAAUAAUUAAUCUUUUUUCAGAAAAAUAUAUACAACUGUUGGACACCGUUAGAACGAUAACCCAUUGGGGAUAAACAAUGAGCUGUGAGAGACAAGAAACUUUUACUUCAAAUGUCUAUUAUAUCCAAAGAUUUAAUCAUUUUAUAUACUUAAAAUAAGAAUCCAAAAAUUGAUGUACUACAUUCCAUUUGCAUUAAG